AUGCGACUUCGGAAGACUAUCAGAUUGCCGAGUCGAUAUGAGGAUGAAGAACCCCUACCUACGAAGUCGCGCAAUGGCACGAAGCCCACUUAUCCUGCCUUGCUCCAGAAGCAGGUGGUUGCGUUCAACCCGGACCAGCUUCCCGCAGCGUUCCCAUCACUCCCACUAAUCGGUCGGCAUCCUCACAACUACGGUGAUGCUCAAAAUGGCUCUGAGACCCCUUCCAAUGACACUUCAUCCUGCCAGGAGGGUGUCGGCAUUUCAUUGGUCAACGCAAGUAAUUCCCAAGCCUCCCCCGCCGAAGAGGAGCAGGUCGCGUCCGAAAGCUGUGCCAGCUAUAGUCAAUGCAACUCUCCUCUCGCGACUUCCCCUAUCACUCCUCAAGAUGAGUCCGUUCAUCCAACGGACGCGUUGUCACACACAGACAGCUUGGGAAGAGUCACAAUGAGUGGCCAAGCCACCGAUCUGGUUGUUAGCGAACGAACUACUCGGGCCAACCGACGUGAUGUGUCAGACCCAGAUGCCAUCCAACCCGCCACGGAUGGCCUGCACGCCAACAAUAUUCGGGGGGAGUCCGCCACAACGUGGAAUGCCCUCCCAUUGUCUUUGCAAUAUCAUAUCUACACGACGUUAACAUCGUUUUAUCCCACGAGAUCUCUAAGGCAGGCUCUAAGCUUGACAGACCAAGAACUGAGCGACAUCCAAAAGGCUGUGAGACUUCGUAUUCUGCAUCCGGCGUCACUUGCUGAGAUAUGGCAACACGCCAGUCAUGCCACGGCAGAAGUGCCCGGGAUUUCAAGGGGCCAUUCCAUUGACGUUCAGAGAUUCAACAACUUCUCGGAUUACAUGAUUUUCGCAAGCAAUUAUGAGUUCGCCUUUGAGUCCGAGAUUCGAAAUGCCGAAGACUUCCUAUCGUCGCGGGAGAUCCCGUCUGAAUUGCUGGGGACGUGGUUACCAGAUCCUUCUGAACCAGAUGGGAGCUCGUACUUCGUUCACAUUCCUGGGAUCGAUCCAAUGCGACUUACUCCAAGUCAUGAUAUUCACAUUGACUCUGGCUACUCGUCACUGUCUGAAGCAGAGAUCGACCGGGCUGCGAGCCGUCGAACUACGAGGCACGAAAUAGCAGACACAGAUGCCCUUGUGAGCAGAAGCAUCAACGAAAAGGCAAACGCGCGUCGAGGAAAGGGUCGUCCAAGAACACUGGCCGGCAACGAGUCCACGAGUCAGCGGCGCUCGAUUACUCCAGGUGGCUCAGGGCCUGCCAAACCGGCUCGCCAUCCGCUUGCCAUCGUUACGAAACCAGGCGAAUCGCCAGGGGAAAGCAAAGAUGCCGCGGACGCGGAAGCAAAUUCCCGCGCAUUACCACUGAUACUAAGGGAACAGAAGCAAAUUGUCGCAGAUGCGCAAUCUGCUGUUGGCGUAAUACCGGCAGAUGGCAGCUACUCUGGCUCGGUUUCUGAACCACCGUUUGCUAUCGAUGAUGCUGAAAACCUUCCAGCAGCAGGAGAAGAAGAAUGUUUGGCCGAUCCGACUGUGACGCCCACUUCGAACCCAUCGCGUUUGGUGCUCAGAAUCCAAAACAAGGACGGAUUUGCUCGGAUCCUUAAGAAACGACCGAAAUCAAACGGGAGCGUUUCGCCCAUCGCUUCUUUACCGCCUGCUUUACCUCCAAUCAGCCCAAUCCUUGACUUCCAAAAUAUGAGUCAGCCAGCUGUGCCUGCUCUGACGAAGCUCGACACUAGUAUGUCAUCUUUCAGCAGAGGCUUGAUCAUAGACAGUGCCACGAGCGAAGCAACCGUAACCAAGGGGAGAGACCCAGGCAGUUGUCUAGCUCUACGAGGUUCGUUGGCAGUCCGGGACUCUCCUCGGUUGUUGCCUAUUCCACCUCACAAACGAAAAGCUUCCAAAGAAACUGUCUGUCCAAGCCCUACCAAGAUGCAGAGAACAAUUGAGGUAAAUCAUGAGACGCCUCCAACUAGCAUUGCUUCGAAAAAUAUCGGCAACGAGCAACUCCUUCACACAGAAUCAAAAUCUUCCUGGAAUCUUGGUCCGGUCCGGACACGCGAGUCUAGCGACAUCAGCACUCCUUCUAAGAUCACACGCCAAGCGCCAGGACUUCAAGUCCCGUCGCAAGCAUCAGACCAUCAAGGAAAGUCUAGAGAGACUCCGAGGUCGCCUACUUAUUCGCCGAUUUCUGAAAAUGAAGACCUCGAGGAAUUUCAAGCAUUGCUUCGUGGACCUGCGAGAAAGAAUCUGAGGAUCAAAGUUCCAGAUCUCAAUACCCAAGUCGACAUGCCACUCGCGACGUCUCCAACAUCGACAUCUCCUCUCAUCAUGCAGAUCCAGCGCGGCUUGAACGUUGACUCUCAAGCAGGGCUUCGACAUGACGAGAAGGAUGACAGAAAUACUCAUACAUCUACCACAUUUCCUGGUAUGGCAGCCUCGAACACUGGCGCAAACAUGUCACCCAUGUCCCUUGAGACUCCCGAAACAAGCAACCCUCAAAAGCCAAGAAUUAAACUGGUCUUAAAGGGUCUCAAAGGCACAUCGGUAGUAGCCGAAAACGCUUCCCAAGACAAACAGCAAGCCGCAGUAGGCAACUCUGCUGAUCCAAAUAAUGGAGAUGUCGACGGACGCAAGGAUACUAAGCCUCGGGUCGAAGUCGACACGGUUCGAGGUGCAGAGGACAGAAUCCCGUCAGAAGGGCUGAGUCAGCUACGGAACGAGACUACGAAACAGACUGGCAAACGGUCUUUAAAAGCGAUUCCGAAAGCGACUCCGAAACCAAAAGCAAUUUCAAAAGCCUCCAUCAAAGCGACUGUUAAUCAGGUAACGAAAGAUGAUAUGGCACAAAGUGACAGCGGAACUCCAGAAAAGACGCAGCAGCCGAGACCCCGGGGCCCCCCAAGAGGUCGCCGAGGACCAUACCGAAAGACUAGAGAAAAACUGGCGAGAGAGGAACAAGAACGGCAGGCACAACAGCGGGAAAUCGAGCAAAUGCAACGUGCACAGGCUAUGCCUCGAGAAGAGGCCACCUUACAGGCAAAAGGCAAGCUAGAGGGAGAGAAGACCCAGCAAGGGAGAAAGAAGAAACAACAGGGCAAGAUGUGA